AUGUCCCGGCUGCUGUUCACGCGGCGGCCCGCGCGGCUGCUCCCGGAGCAUGACGACGAGGACCCCGCGUCCGCAUACUCGUCACUGCUCGACCAGGAUGACCCCGCUGUCGCUGAGCACCAGGCGGCGGCGGCGGCGGCGGCGGCGGCCUCUGCCUUCCCACAACGUUCCCAGAGUCUACGGUAUCAGCACCGCAGGACAAAGUCCAGCCCGAAAGUGUACACAGCAGCCGCCCAGACCGCCGUCAUAAGGCGGCAGCCGAGCUGGACUGGCGAGCGUCCCGUGAGGAAGCUGAUCAAGGAGCCCACCGCCGGAUCUGCUCGCCCGAGCUUUUCGGUUGAGAUCAGCGACGGGGACGGGGACGGGGAUGGUGGUGCUCAGGGGAAGGAGAAGGGCAAGGCUGGCAGUGGUACUGUGCGACGGUCUAUCUUACGGCUAAGAGAUUACUGGAAAGGGGAGAAGUGA